GGUGCCGAGGGAAAGCAGCCGCUCGGCAUGAACAUUUUUUAUUGAAUAUUCAGUAAUUCUCUGUGGGAAUCGGACUUCGUAUAUACGUAUUCACUUGGGUAACAAUUUUGAAUCAGUUCCAACCUGAUUUUAAAUAUUUCAUUUAUAAUUCAUUCAUCAUGUUAAAAUGGUAUUGCUAGUUGUCGGUCAUCUAGCCUAGCUAACGUUAGAAAUCGCCGGAGAAAGUACUGUAGAAUGGGAGAGAAGCUAGAACUGAAGCUAAAAUCGCCGGUUGGAGCCGAAGCAGCGGGUUAUCCUUGGCCAUUACCAGUAUAUGACAAACACCAUGAUGCUGCGCACGAGAUCAUCGAGACCAUCAGGUGGGUGUGUGAGGAGAUCCCUGAUCUUAAGCUCGCCAUGGAAAACUAUGUUCUCAUUGACUACGACACCAAAAGCUUUGAGAGCAUGCAGAGAUUGUGCGACAAGUACAACCGGGCCAUCGACAGCAUCCACCAGCUGUGGAAAGGCACCACGCAGCCCAUGAAGCUGAACAAGCGGCCGUCGAACGGGCUGCUGCGGCACAUCCUGCAGCAGGUGUACAACCACUCCAUCACCGACCCCGAGAAGCUCAACAACUACGAGCCCUUCUCGCCCGAGGUGUAUGGCGAGACCUCGUUCGACCUGGUGGCGCAGAUCAUCGACGAGGUGGAGUUGAUGGAGGACGACACCUUUGUGGACCUUGGCAGUGGUGUGGGCCAGGUAGUGCUACAGGUUGCCGCGGCGACCAACUGUAAACACUACUUUGGAGUGGAGAAAGCAGAGACCCCUGCCACUUACGCAGAGGCAAUGGACAGGGAGUUUAGGAAGUGGAUGAAGUGGUAUGGGAAGAAGCACGGAGAGUACACGCUAGAAAGGGGGGACUUCCUCUCAGAAGAGUGGAGAGACAGGAUAGCCAACACAAGUGUUAUUUUUGUGAAUAACUUUGCCUUCGGUCCGGAGGUGGACCACCAGCUGAAGGAGCGCUUUGCGAACAUGAAGGAAGGUGGAAAAAUUGUAUCCUCAAAACCCUUUGCACCUCUCAACUUUAGAAUCAACAGCCGAAACUUGAGUGACAUUGGCACAAUAAUGCGAGUGGUGGAGCUUUCCCCCCUUAGGGGCUCGGUGUCCUGGACUGGGAAGCCGGUUUCCUACUAUCUCCACACGAUAGACCGCACCAUACUUGAAAACUAUUUUUCUAGUCUCAAAAAUCCUAAACUCAGGGAAGAGCAGGAGGCAGCCAGGCGGCGCCAACAGAAGGACAAGGACAGCAAGAGCAACACCACCACCCCCACCAAGGCCCGGGAGCAGAAGCAGCAGCAGCAGCAGCAGGACUCGUGCGGGGAGGACGAGCGGCCGGGGCUGCUCAACACCACCAAGCCCUCGCCCAAGCAGCGCCGCUCGCGCCUCAUCGCCAAGGGCCGCAAGCUGGGCAACAAGAAGCGCGGCCGGCCCAAGAAGGCCCCCGGCGCGGCCGGAGCCACCGUGGGCGCCGUGCCCGGCGUCACCACCACCACCCAGCGCAAGAACAGGAAGGGCCAGAGCGCCCUGGACCUGCUGCACGCCAAAACGCUGUCCGCCGCGCCAUCUCAGGAUGCAUUCCGGUCAUCUCAGAGCCCCUUCUACCAGCUACCUCCCAAAGUGCAGCACUACGCCUCCAGCCAGCUUCUGCAGGGGCCCACCCCACCGGCCCUCCAGCAGCUGCUGGAUAACUUCAAGGUUCAGUACCUGCAGUUUAUGGCCUACAUGAAGACUCCUCAGUAUCGUACCAACCUGCAGCAGCUUCUGGAGGAGGAGAAGGUAAGGCACAAUGAGCUGUCUGGUCAGGCGGCGCAGUUGCUGAAUGUGUGUCAGACUCAUAAAGAUAAGAUCAAAGGGCUCUUCCAUUCAAAACUGGAUGAGCUGGGCGUGAAGGCUCUGACGCUGGAUGACCUGCUGCAGGCCCAGAAGGAGAUCUCUGCCCACAACCACCAGCUCAAGGAGCAGACCCGGCAGCUGGAGCGAGACAUGUCCAAGCUGAGGGACCAGAGCCUGCUACUGCUGAAGGCGCGCUGUGAGGAGCUGAAGCUGGACUGGGGAUCUCUGUGCAUGGAGAGCCUGCUGAAGGAGAAGCAGAACCUCCGGCGCCAGAUCUCUGAGAAACAGCGCCACUGUCUGGAGCUGCAGAUCAGCAUCGUGGAGCUGGAGAAGAGCCAGCGGCAGCAGGAGCUGCUUCAGCUCAAGUCCUACGGCUCGUGCGACGGCUCGCCCUACCGCAAGAGCCUGCCCGGCCUGGACCAGAGGUCCUCCCUGGACCCCCACGACGGCCACAAGCUGGGCCUGGGCUCGGCCGUCGCCGCCCUCAACGGCAUGAGCCCGGAGCUGUCCAUGAACGGCACGGCCUCGCCGUGUUUCGAGCGCGGCGCCAAGAACGAGCUGCUGGCGCGCUACCUGCCCAUCUCGCCCGACCACGAGCUGGUGCCCCCCACGCCUGACGGCCGCAUGAGGCACCAGGGCCAGCCGCUGCCCGACUACACGCGCUUCUCCCCGGCUAAGAUCGCCCUGCGCCGCCACCUGAACCAGGACUCCGGCCCCCUGCGUGGUUUCACCACACACAGGGGAGAUCUGGGUGCGGUGUCAUCUCCUCCAUUAGGAAUGAAACAGGGCAGCCCCUCCUCCUACCUAGGGGAUCCUCAGCAGACCAGGGGCUCAGAGAGGAUGGGGAAGGAGAGGAGUCCAGCCGGGGGCGGAGACACAAUCACCUCUCUGCCAAUCAGCAUCCCCCUCAGCACGGUGCACCCGAACAAGCUGCCCGUCAGCAUCCCCCUGGCCAGCGUGGUGCUGCCCAGCCGAGCAGAGAGACUGAGGAGCACACCCAGUCCAGUGUCCCAGGGAAGAGACCCCUCCGCUGGACAGACCAAUGGCAAGCAGCCUCUCACUCCUACCUCAGGGUAUUCGUCCAGCUCAGGGAUGGUGAACGGCGGGCCACACUCAGCGCUGUUCUCUGACCAGGACCAGUCGGCGCACGCCAACCCCCUGCUGGCCCUGCAAGGCCGCGGCUCCCCCAGCGCCACGGGAGGGGUGCUGCAGUACGCCGACGGCCCCCCCAGAAUCCUCCCCGAGGACGGCUGCGGCGGCGUGGGCGAGUCGGAGGGCGAGGGCCCGGACAGCGAGGCGCCGCGCCGCAUCUUCUUCUCCUCCUCCUCGUCCUCUUCGUCGUCCUCCUCCUCCUCCUCACGCCUGCACCAAGGCUCGGCCAAGGCCGGCCAGCAUCACCAGAACAACAACCACCACCACCACCACCACCACUCGCCCGGCGCGCAGGAGGGCCGCAAGCGAGGCCGGCGGAAACGCGGCUCCACCGGGGCACCAUCUGCAUCCACGUCCCCCAAGAGGAGGUCCUUCCCUGGGCUCGGCUCCACCGGACACCCCUCUGGUUCCCCACUCAACAUCAAUUCAAUGGUGAACAACAUCAACCAGCCACUGGAGAUCUCGGCCAUCUCGUCCCCGGAGCAGUCAGGCCGCAGCCCCUGCGGCGGAGACCUGGACCAGCCCCCUGUGCUGAAGAGGGAGCGCCCUCUGGAGCUCAACGGCUCCAGCCGCUACCCCUCCACCCCCAGCUCAGAGGACGAGGACUCCGGCUACCCCGCCGACAGCUCCAGCUCCAGGAUUGAAAGGAAGAUUGCCACCAUUUCCUUGGAAAGUAGAGAUGGGAGAGGAGGGGAGGGUGAGAGAGGCUCUCUGGGCCGUAAAUCAGGGGGCAGCUGCGACGUCUCCUCUUCCUCUUCCACUUGCUCCUCCUCCUCGUCCUCCUCAUCGACCAGCAAGUGGAAGUCCACCUUCUCCCCCAUCUCCGACCCCAAGCCCACGGCCUCGGACCUCCGGCAGGGCGGCUCGCCGUUCCGAGCGGGGGCAUCCGACGCGGAGGCCAAGGCGAGCGCCGGCCAGCAGCAGCAGCAGCAGCGGCCCGACCCCGGCGCGUCCACGGGGGGCAGCCCCGGCCUGGGCGUCCCCUCCAACCUCUUCCUCAGCCAGGACCCCGCGAGCGGCCGGCCUGGGGGCCCCGCGGCGUGCGGCCUGCCCAAGGCCAAGCCUCGCGAAUGGGAGCGCAGCGUCGGGGUCAGCAGCAGCAGCAGCAGCAGCAGCAGCAGCAGCAGCCUGGUCAGCCAGAACCUCUUCAUCUCCGCCGCCACCGGCGGAGUGGGCAGCAUCCUGGCGGGCAAGAUGGGCGCGUCCGGAGUCGGCGCGGCGUCCGGAGGAGGAGGAGUCGGUGUGGGCGUGGUCGGCCCCGGGGCCCAGUACGGCGCCCAGUUCCCCCUGGGCGGCGCCUCGGUGCUGCAGUCGCUGUUCGGCAGCCAGGCGGCCAUGCCCCCGGUCAGCGUGGCCCCGCGCCUGGUCAACGGCCACAGCAGCUUCCCCAGCGCCGGCCUGACGGGAGGAGCGGCCGGAGGUAUCUUUCACCACACGCUGCCAGCUUCAAGCUCCGCUGCUCCGUUUGGCUCCGUAGGCCUGGGCUCCCUGCUGAGCCUGUCCUCCUCCUCCUCCUCCACCUCCUCCUCCUCCUCCUCCAUCUCCUCCUCCCAGCCCCGGCAGCAGCAGCAGCAGCAGGACUCCUCCCAGGCCAAAGGAGGAGGCGGCUCCGGCCCAGGCCUGGCCCUCCUCGCGCUGGCCCCCACCUCGGUCUCGGCCCCACAGCCACUACCCAGCCGGACGCAGUCGGUGCUCCAGACGCCCCAGGCCCUGGCGCUCUCCCUGCCCCCACCUCCCCCCCUGCUCAACGUCUCCUCCUCAACCGCCGCCACAGCACUGCUGCUACAGCAGCAUCACCACCACCACCACAGGAUGCAUGCGUCCUCUGCUCCCUGUGUCUCUCUCUCCUCCUCCUCCUCCUCCUCCUCUUCCUCUUCCUCUGCGUUAGUGUCUGCCGCCGCCGCUGCUGCUGCUGCCAAUGCUUCUGCCGCUCUGUCCUCCUCUGUCAUGUCCUCUUCCUCUUCCUCACGCUCCACCUUCACCAUGCACUACCCCCCGCACCUGGCCCCCCUGCCUCCAGCGUCGGGCUCGGGCAGCUCCUGGAGGACCGUGGGGCUGCAGGCUCAGGCCUCGGCCAGCCGGCCCAGAUAG